ACCAUCGACGCGGUCACACUGGAAACGCAGCGCAAUCGACGUUAACAUUAAACAAUUGGCAAUUAAACAAUUGGAAAUUCCGGCAGGAGAUCGCGCUGCCGCCUCCAUUCCGCCCCCCGCCACGCCCUCAGCCGCUGGCGCAGCUACCGCCACGCCCCCACCUUGCCAGCGAGAACCGUGUGUGUGCGUGUGUGCGAGAGUGUGUGAAGAAAAAGCGGAGCAAGAGGAAAGAAAAAAAAACAGGGAGCGAAAAGAGAGAUAAGAAAUCCGAGAGGCGGACACACUGAAAAAAAAAUAAACUCGGAAAGCGAGUGAUCCGAUCCGCGGACGGGGAGCAGGAGGAAGUCGCAGCGCUCUGCGGGAUGGACUAGCGCCGGCCGAGGUUAGCAGCCACUUGCAGCAGCAGCAGCAGCAGUAGGACCACCAACAGAAUCCACCACCAUGUCGUCCGCCGUCAACAUCCAGAUCGUCUCCAUGCCGAACCUGGCCAAGAUCGAGAGCUUCCUGAAGGACGUCAGCUACCGGGAGACUAUCGAGUACAGCGCCAACUUCAACACCCGCCUGUGCAUCGAGCGGCGGCUGCGUCUACCCUUUCUCGAUCCGCAGACGGGCGUAGCGCAGAGCCACUCGCAGCUGUUUCUGGACAAGCGUCAGCGAAUGCCCGGCUUCCGUCAAGGUCAGAUCUACACGUAUCCAGCGGCCCGAUGGCGCAAGAGUCGCCGCCAGUACUUGAGCAAGAUGUACAGUCGAUUUCCCGAACGACCAUUUCAGGCGCUGCGCAAGGAGCACGAGGCUCUGGUGGCCAGCGGUGUCAACCUGGGCCUGAGCAACCUGACCAGCGCCGGCGGAGUAUCCAUGCCCAACAGCAACAGCCUGGGCAUGAGCUCAUCGCUGACGCUCAACAUGCUAACCGGCGGCGGAGCAGCGCCGGCGGUUCUCGGUUCGCUGCAUAGCGACACUGCCCACGACUUCAAUGGGGCCUUUAGCCUGGAGGAGUCCAGCUCACUGGGCGCCGCCGGCGGUGAUACCUCCGACAGCAAAGACAGCCAGCAGCAACAGCAUCAUCAGCAGCAGCAGCAGCAGCAGACCGUCAAGGAGGAGCAUCUGCCCAAGGAGUGGUUUUACGAUGACAUGGACAUGAACGAUGUGGACUCUCUGGAGGAGCCCAAGUCGCCGGCAGACGAUGAAUAUGACUACGAUCCGCGGUACGGCAACAAGAAGCGGCGCAAAAAGCGGCCGGGCAAACGUGGAGGCGACUCUGGCGGCGGUGGCGGCGGCGGUGGUGGUGGUGCUGGCGGUGGCGGCGGCGGAGGUGGUGGUUCCAGCUCACGCAGACGCAGUGCCGCGGCCAGGUCGCGCAUCACAACGACAGAUGCGGCGCUGGACGCCUCGCUUGAGGCCAUCGAGUCCGGCGAGAGUGUCCCGGGCAGCAAUGGAGCUUCGCUCACUGGCGGUGGUGGCGGCAUCCUCAGCAGCAGCUUGGGCCCCGGCGCAGGGGCAGGAAGUUCGGGAUCAGCAGGCGUGGGAGGAGUAGGAGCUGGUGGAGCAGCAGGCGGAGGAACCGCCGGAUCUUCGGCCAGCAGCCGGCGAUCCCGGGGUGCGGGAACACGAGGCAGGCGGCGAGCCAAGGGAGCUGCCGGCGGUGAUCCGCCGAGUCCCGGCAUGGUCAUUGAGCCUCCAUCCUUCGAAAGCGCCGCUGCUGCGGUGGGCGUGGUCGAAGACGCGAACGCCCAUCUGCGCAACUAUCGCAAGUAUCUGUAACCGCUCGGGCGAACAGCAACCUAAUUGGACCCCAAAAAAAACCUUUGUUUUCGCAUUGUUUUCUCGCCUCUGUACGUUUCGCGCCUAAUUUAAAGCUAGUUUCUAAGCUUUAGUUGAUUACUGUUGGCCUUACGACCCUUCUCUCCUUUAAAAAACAAAGUGAAAAGUGUGAAAAUUAUAUAGAAUUGUGGACCAGAGGCGCAGAAACAGGACUAGGCCUUGGCAAAGACCUUGUAAUAGCAAGAUGCAUAAUGCCCAUACAUUUCCAGAGGGCCAUUCCGAAAAAUUUAAGUGCAACAAAAGUGUAUGGCGUUACUCAUCUUGUUAUUGUAAGGUCUUUGGCCUUGGCCCAUGCACAUUUUCCAUGUUUUUGUCACUCUUAACUUUACGCACCCAUAGCCAAUUGAUUGUUGUUUUUUUUUUUUAACCAUAUAAGAUGAACGUCAAAUUUUCUAAAGUGAACUUUUUUAUAUUCUUUUUAAUUUUUAUUUUAGCUUUUUCAUAUUUAUUUGGAGAUUUCAAGAUUUUAUAUAUAGGAAGUCCGUUUAAAAUUUUAUUUGACGAUUUUCUAAAUAUUUUUUAUGAAAACCAAGAAAUAAUCCUAAUUUAUCACAAUAGAUUAUAUUUAAAAUCUCAAAAACCCUAUGGAAAAGUUCACUUUAGAAAAGCUACCGUUGGUCAUAACAUAACAAUUAUAUUAUAUAUAUAUAUGAGUGUACAGGCAUAUAUAUAUAUACAUAUAUAUAAACAUAUUUAUAUGCAUUAUAUUAGCGACUCUACUUAAGAGCCAGGACCCUCUUACGGGCUCUGGCAUUCCACCUAAUCGCAAUCUCUCGGUUUCUGUCUGACGCUGCGCAAGAAAAAAAAAAGAAGAUAUAUAUACGAGGUCCCCCUCCCCCUUUAUUCAAUUAUAUUAUUUUUAUGAUUAUAUGUGUAUCCAAAUUUUAGUUAAAAACAAUCGAAACAAUUCAACAAAUUGUAAUCUAAUUUAGGCAAGUGCGUGGUAGGGUAUCUCUAGCAUAUAGAAGAAGCUAACAAAACACUUUCGUAAAACCAAAAUUUUUUCUCUAGGAUCGUAAUAAUUCGUAAGUUAAGCUGAGCUGAAAAAAACAAACAAAUUUUAACAACCAAAAUGAAAAAAAAGAGAGCGAAAAGCUACUAAUAAAACCAAGAUCAAAGCAAAAAUUGUGUACAUUUCGUGAAAUCAAAGUCCACAAAAUUUUAAUAAAAGCAAAAUAGAAAAAAAAGAUUAGAAAAGAAAAUUUACUAGAAAACAAAACGGAAAUAGGUUUCUAAGACGUUUUAAUAUAUUUUGUAAUAACAA